GUGCAGUCAAGACACCUGGCGGCCCCACAUCAGAUGACAAGUGAAUGAGGGAGAACACUAGCCCUGCACCCUGCGAAGUUUAGAUCUAGACUACGAACAGGAACAACAGAGAUAGUAUAGGCUCUGCUGGCUGGCUGGCUGGACUAGACCACUGACACGGACGUCGAACGCAGGAGAAAAUAAAACUACCAUACCAUUCAUCUGAUUGCAAAAAUUUCUUGCUCUGUCUCCUCUGUGCUCUUGCUCUGAGUCUCGUGAAGCGCAAGUUGUGUAGCUGGUCUCGGAAGAAAAAUUGAAUUUUCCGCUUGCUCGUAGAUUGUGAUUUGCUGAACCGUGGUCGCGUUCGACGGUACAAGAUAUUUCGAACGGCAGCAGCGGUGGAGAAAGCAGCAGUGGCAGGCAGUUCCAACGGCAACCAGGAACCACAACGUGCGUGUGCGGUGUGCGCACUCGUGAGCGCGUGUGUGUGCGUCGAGAGUGGCUGGGUGUGUGGCAGAGCAGAGCACACGCCUCACGCGUCUCACUGUGCGCCGGUGGCCAUCCGGUUGGUGCUGGUGGGUUGAAAGUGUGCAUGCGAGGCGGUCACGACGGGAAAGUGGGUGGUAAAUUUGCGCGCGCGUUUGUGUAUCUGAGGGAGGGUUAGUAUGUGGUUAAAUAUACGCUAGUGUGUUACUGUUGUCAAAACUCGCAACAGAUAAACAAAAUCAUCAACAAGAAGAAUACAACUUACAACCAAUAGACUGUGGUGUGGUGAAGAAGUGGAAACGCUGGAAACGGAAGAAACAUCCGAUAGCGUUUCAGCGGGUACCGAAGAAGCGGGCAGGUGGGUCGUCUACGACGGGUGUGGUGGCAGUUAUUAAAUCAAGAAAAACGGAUUCUGUAAAACAAUCGCACCUCAGUUAGACUGGCUCGGAACGGUGAAGCACGGGGGGCAGAGUCUCCCGACACGUCACCGGAAGGCGGAGCCACCUGCUGGUGGGCCCCCUGGUCAGCGAUGGGUUGCUUCGGAUCGGCCGGAUCGAAACAGUCGGAUUCGAACAGUUCCGAGGACACAAAAAGCCAGAAACGAAGGAGCGAUGCCAUCACGCGACAGCUACAGAAAGAUAAACAGGUUUACAGAGCCACCCAUAGACUGUUACUGUUAGGCGCCGGUGAAUCCGGCAAGUCAACAAUCGUAAAACAAAUGAGAAUAUUGCAUGUUAAUGGAUUCUCCGACACAGAAAGGAAACAGAAAAUAGAGGAUAUCAAAAAGAAUAUCAGAGAUGCCAUAUUGACAAUUACCGGUGCAAUGAGCACACUUACACCUCCUAUUCCAUUAGAAAAGCCAGACAACCAGGCGAGGGUAGACUAUAUUCAGGAUUACGCUUCAGGUCCUGACUUCAAUUAUCCACCGGAGUUCUACGAAAACACAGAAGAGCUGUGGAAAGAUCGCGGUGUGCAGCAGACCUACGAGCGAUCGAAUGAAUACCAAUUAAUUGAUUGUGCUAAAUACUUUCUGGAUCGUGUUAGUGAAAUCAAGCAGCCUAAUUAUACUCCAACCGAGCAGGAUAUACUGAGAUGUCGUGUCUUAACGUCGGGUAUAUUCGAAACUAGGUUUCAAGUUGAUAAGGUUAAUUUUCACAUGUUCGACGUUGGCGGUCAGCGGGACGAACGACGUAAGUGGAUCCAGUGUUUUAACGAUGUCACUGCAAUCAUUUUCGUGACAGCGUGUUCUAGUUAUAAUAUGGUCCUGCGAGAGGAUCCCACGCAAAACCGGCUGAGAGAAUCGCUGGAACUGUUCAAAAGUAUUUGGAACAAUAGAUGGUUACGAACAAUAUCGGUCAUAUUGUUUCUCAACAAACAAGACUUGCUAGCGGAGAAAAUCAAAGCUGGUAAAAGCAAACUUUCCGACUACUUUAGUGAGUUCAAUCGUUACCAGACGCCGGCUGACGCCGUUUGUGAAAUGGGCGAAGAACCAGAAGUGAUAAGGGCAAAAUAUUUCAUUCGAGAUGAAUUUUUGCGUAUAUCGACGGCCAGUGGAGACGGUAAGCAUUACUGCUAUCCGCACUUUACCUGUGCGGUAGACACCGAAAACAUCAAAAGAGUUUUCAACGAUUGUCGAGACAUCAUCCAGCGGAUGCAUCUGCGGCAAUACGAGCUGUUAUAGAUAUACUUAACAAUUUUGAUGCAACCUGGUCGUCUCAAUUUAGUUGUGUCUACCGUAAAAAUAUCAAAUCUAGCCAAACUUUACUAAUUUUAUAAUAAAAAGAAAUAUUGAUUAAUUAUUAAUCAACACAAAAAAAACAGAAACCUAUACAGACUAAACAAGUAAAAAAAAAUAACCGCAGAAUAAGCAAAACAGCAAGGGAGACGAUUACGCGGUCCGUAAGUGAGUUGCGUUUAAAAUCACGCAUACAGUCACAUACACACACACACACUCGUUCAAACAAUCGCAUCAAGGAUCGAUAUAAAAUCGCACCGUAUCGUAUUUCCUUCGUCGCGUGUUUUACUAACUAACUGAUCGCGCUGCGCAAAACCACCGAUCGUGUUGGUCAAAACAGUCAGCGGUGGUGGCACCGGAUGUAUGAUUGCCGAUGCUGAUUUAAUAACCUGUAGUCAAAAACAAAAAAAAAAUCAAAUCACAACCUAUAUGCACACAAAAGAAGAGACGCGUCAACCCAAAAAGGAAGAAGGUAAACAAAAUGCAAUUGCAACAAAUUGCAAGAUCGUAUGAAUGUAUGUAAUUGAUCAUAAACGAAACAGCAGCAUACCACACAGUAGUAGUCGUCGUCGUUACUAAAAAAAAUACAUACGCAAAGCAAAUAAGAAAACGAAAGAAGCUUUGAGAACGGAAAAAAAACUUUGAUAGAAAGAGAAGAGUAGUGAUCGGUGUGUUAUACAGUGAAGAGUGUAUGAAUGAGAUAGCAAUGAGUCACCGCCAUAUAAAAUUUAAACCAACAACAAUUAAAGCAGAAAAAACACACAAAAUAAACUAAAAAAUGCUUAUAGCCCUUUCAGUGAGUAAACAAAGUAAAGAUGAUACAUGAAACAUAUUUGUGUGUGUUGUGAAAGCAUAACUAGUGAAAUACAAAGAACAGAAAGUCAUGUCAUCGUUGUCAUGCUAUAGAGCGGAGAUCAAGAAACUAAGUCUUAGAAGUCUGUGAGCUGUUUUAUAUUUUUUUUUGAUUAUUUUUAGUUUUUUGAUGGAAGGGUAGUGAAUAUUAGAGGUAAAACUUAACAAACAUCCGACACACUAAAAAACACAUCCAUACAGACAUUGUACGAGAAUUCAGCUAGGAUAAAAUCACGUCAUUAUAAUAGAACAGAAAACGACAUUGCACGAAAAAAAGGCGAGAUAAGUCAUCGUGUAGAAGAGUGAAGUUAUUGUUACUAGAGCAGGAUUUUUCUUUUUUGUUUAGGAGAAAAUUGCUUCUAAAUUCGUCCAAAAAUGAUUAUAUGCGCUCUUGUUGUAGAACUAUUUUCCAGUAUUUUUAAUUAUCGUAAUCUGUAUACACAUUUUAUUGAAUAACGAUAUAUCAUAUAUAUUUUUGUUUUAGAAAAUUUUAUCUUCCUUGUUGAAUCCGCUUUAAGAAAAGAAAGAGAGAGAAAAUAUGAAAAAGUGUUUUAUUUUUUAUUUACGUAUUUAAUAAUUUAUGAUGUAGAUGUUUUAUGUUCAUUCUGUGACAAACGAUAGUGAAGGAAUAAAAAAUAAAAAGAAGAAAAGAAGUAUAUGGAAAUCAUAGAAAAAUAGUAGGGUAAUUUUUCAAAUUAGCCGCUUAAUAAAGAACGAGAACAAAACAUGCAAAAAACAAUCAACAAAACAUCGCUGUUCCGCAAUGAAUUGCAAACGGCAACCCCAACAAGUAGAGCAUUGAAUAUAGUAUGCUUCUGGCAGAGUUAUGUGUAGCCUAGAAAAGUUUUCAAAAGUACACGGAUCUGAAUCUCGGAACCGGCAGAUUAGACAAAUGCGCACGGCAAAGAUUGAGGAACUGGAUGGGGUUCAACCACCAAUACUAAAAAACAAUACAAAGUGUGUGUGCUACAAUUUCUGAGCAAACGCAUUUUAUUUUCUUUUAUUACUUGGUAACAUUUGUUGAAACAAAAUCAUUUUAAUGUUGGUUCACUUUCAUGAUAGUGGAAAUAGACAACGCAGUCUAGAUGUAGCCCUGAUAAAUUCGUUGGGUUUUCCCUGAUUAAAAAUUGGGAUAUUCUUAGUGAGUCACGUUACCCAAGUGAGUUAGAAAAUAUCAGUAGUCAGCGCUCGUCGCACGACUCACAUAGUCACUUGCGUUUAUCCUUCGGUUGCCACCCUACCCUUUUGCUUCGCUCGAAACAUGUAGUAAACGUACAUCACAUGCAACAUAAAACAAAGCACUUCAAAUGUCCUAAUGGAAACAAAUUUAGUUUAAACAAACAUCGCAAUUCGCUGAUACCGUGUCAUAUAUAUCAUUGGUAACUUAUGCUUAGGAGAAAUGUAAUACGUUGUUGCAAUAUUUUAUUUUACCCUUUUGUGUUAUACUAGUUUUAAUUAUCGAAAGAUCACCAAUGAAAGUCUCGCAUCCUGAAGCAAAAUCUCUUUUAAUUUGAGAGAUCGAGCCAACAUCGCAAAUGUUAUAACAAAUCAAACACCCACAAAAUAUACAAUGCUUCGUAUAUAGGUCCACCCACUCAGACAUACGCAUCUAUCACACAGUAGAUUAGACAGAGACAGAUAAAGUGUGAAGAUUCUAAGAAGGCAGCGCGGGAUACACUACACGGUGUUAAACUUUAAAUUGUUAUUUAUUUUAGCCCGCCAACGAACCACCAUCAGGCCCAUCAUUCUGCUUCUUGCUAAAAACACAACCCUCUCCAGAGUCCAGAUAGUUUUUAUUGUAUAACUGUUUUUUUUUAUGCGGAACUGGCAGCGAGAAACGUAUUUUAGAGAUGCAAAAUAACACGAACACAAACAAAUCGCAGUGGGAAUUUGUCCCAGUGUUUGGUAGUUUUACCAUUAAUUUUAGUUAUCACUUGAUUCGAAGUCAUCAAAUUAUCUGAUGAGAAAUAAAUACUUGGGAAAACCACCAAAAACAAUGAUGAAUUCUCAGUGUGAUGUAAUUCACAACACACAAGAGCAGAAAAAAAACGAUUAAACACAAGUGGAACAAGCAGACCACAGAAGGUAGGAAGUAAACGUGUAUAACUCUUUUAUAUAGUUGUAUAGAUUAUAUAUGAAGAAAAAAAUGAAGAAAAAAAACGAUACAAAAACAAAAGGACAAAAUAGUCAUACCUAUAGAGAGAAUGAGAAAUACAAAAUCGCACAAACAGAAGAGGAAAUUCUAUUAAAAAUGUGGAAAUAAAGCAAACAGAAAUGUGAAUAUA